UGCCCAUCCUCGAAGUGAUUGUUUUGAACCUUAUCAUUGCCCAAGAAUUUCUACCGCCACUCAGUAUUUAGCAUAGUCAAUAUAAGAUAGAAUUCUCGCAGUUCUUACUUUACUACAAACGCUUCUCUACUUACCUCCAUACUCUAUUUCUUGACCAACACUCUCAUCUCUUCGGAUACGGCUAUUUUACUUGCACUUUACGACAAGCAACAACUUCGAAGAUGACUUACUCGCAACCAAACAUGCAGACCGGCGAUGACCUGGCUGCGCUAUUCUCUCGUAACCUAACAUUACAACCUCAACCUCCCCAAGAAACACCGAGAGCGCAAGAGCCAGAAAUAACAUAUUCCAUCUCCCAACACUACCACCAUUCUGGUCAUAUCGCCCACCAAGACGACUCACAAGCGGAACUCCAAAGGCGAUCAUCAGAGCCGCCACAAACACAGCAGUUUUCUGUAGAGGCCAUUCUAAACUCAUUUGGUAUCGAUGAUACUGCGCUCUCUGCGGCGCAAAUGCAGCUCUUCAAGAUAGCUGAGGACAAUCAAAAAUUGCGUUUGAUCGAGCUAUGGCGAAUCUGCCCCCCUACUAGUUCCCAUGAGAACCCAGCCGUUGCUUGGACUAGCACAACAGUGGAACAAGAACAGCUCCUCGCUCAACUGCGCUACGAGAGAAGAAUGGCCGAAGAGCAGCAGAAGAAUACCAUGAUGUCUAUGGAUGGUACACCCCUAACGCCAGUUCAGACCGGAGACGGACGAUGGGUCGCCACAAGCGACGUGGAACCCUACAUGAUGUCUGGCUACGAAGCUUUAGCUCGACGCGAAUACGAAGAGUCCGCAAGGCAACAAUAUGAGGAGGCCAUGGAAAGGCCUAAAGACGUUUACAGCCAUUUUGGUACCGCUAUUGGUGGUCCCAACUACCGUCCAGCGACGGACCCCGUCUACGAUAAUGACUGGAUGAGAAAGCAGCAAUCCAUGGAGAACCAAUACGGAGUUUUUCAACAGAUGGAUGACAUGCACCUAUAGUGCCACUUUGAAUGUAGAUACUACGCAGGGAGACCAGCAGAUAUCGUACGUGGGAGGCAAAGGGGACAUUAUGGACUCACAGAGAAUUGCACACGGGCGAGGGUAUCCAGAUUGGACUGCACAUAUUUCAAUUCAUGUCAAGGGACGGAGUUGAGGAUAUCUCCCCUUUCAUAGCCUUUAUAUCUCUCUUUCCUGUCCUCUUAUUUGCAUAGUGUAUGGCUAACCAUUCUUGACUUCCAGAGUCACUCGGAAAGUUCAACUUACUACUCAAGGUAUGUGUGUAUCCCGCCCCAAAACUAUAGCACACAUGUAUAUCUAUACGUCCUCUUUCUUCUUGCCCUGGUAGAUUCCCUUUCUCUCUCUGUCAUUGUGCUUUUGGGACACUCAAAUUCGAUAAGAGUAAUGACCCGCUAGCCCCUAUUUCUUUUGCUUAGCUUUUUCGGUCGAUUACUGUUUCAUACUAUCCGAUAAAUAUAUAGGUAAUUCAAAUAGAAAUGAAACUACUUUUAACCCUAUUAUUAU